AUGUCCGAAGAAUUGAAAAAGGGUGAUGAAGUCUCAUGGAAUUGGGGAAGUGGUCAGCCAUCUGGAAAAGUCGCGGACAUAGUUGAAGAAGGAAAAGCCGAAGUCAAAUCAAAUAAGGGAAAUACGAUUUCGAAGAAUGCCUCGGAGGAUGAUCCCGCUGUGGUGAUUGAACGAUCUGGGAAUGAUGUUGUGAAGAGAGCACAUGAGUUGAAUGAAGUUGAUGAGUAA